AUAAAUUAUUACUAAUAAACGAGGUAUUGUUGGAUAGAUUUUUUUCUUUCGUCUGCGCAGGUCGACUGCAGAGGCAGUUAACGGCGACAAUGGCGGUUCCAAGUAUUUCCGCCUCGCCAGCGGUGGCAGCGUCCCUCCAGUUCUCAUCUUCUCUUAUCCACGAAGAAACGAAGCUCUCUGCAUCCUCCAUUUCUUUUUUGGGGAAGCCGCUAACCUCCCGCAACGCUUCUCUCUCCAGUUUAAACGUCACGAGGGUGUUUGUCGUUAAUGCGAAGAGGUUAUCUGGUUUGGAAGAGGCCAUCAGGAUAAGAAGGGAGCGUGAACUUCGAAGUUCACCAGAUGCGAAACGUAGGCCUCCUUUGAGGCGUGGAAAGGUAUCACCGCAACUUCCUGUGCCUGAUCAUAUUCCAAGGCCUCCUUAUACAGGUUCAAAGUUGUUGCCAGAAAUUGCUAAAGAACAUCAAAUCCAUGAUUCAGAAGGCCUUGCUCGCAUGAGGGCAGCAUGUGAGCUUGCUGCACGGGUGGUAGACUAUGCAGGAACAUUAGUUAGGCCAUCAGUUACAACAAAUGAAAUUGAUAAAGCUGUUCAUCAAAUGAUUAUUGAUGCUGGUGCUUACCCUUCUCCGUUAGGGUAUGGAGGCUUUCCUAAGAGUGUUUGCACAUCCGUCAAUGAGUGUAUGUGUCAUGGAAUACCUGAUUCACGCCAGUUACAGGACGGAGAUAUUAUAAACAUUGAUGUCACAGUCUAUCUAAAUGGUUAUCAUGGUGACACUUCCAAGACUUUUUUUUGUGGCAAUGUGAAUAAUGCAAUGAAACGGCUAGUUAAGGUGACAGAAGAGUGCAUGUACAAAGGCAUUGCUGUUUGCAAAGAUGGUGCCUUGUUCAGGAAAAUUGGAAAGAGAAUUAGUGAGCAUGCUGAAAAAUACGGCUAUGGAGUUGCAGAGCGUUUUGUGGGACAUGGCAUUGGGACUGUUUUUCACUCUGAACCACUCAUAUUACAUCAUCGUAAUGAAAAACCCGGUCACAUGGUGGAGGGCCAAACGUUUACUAUUGAACCAAUUGUCACGCUGGGAAAUAUCGAAUGUGUAACUUGGGAAGAUAACUGGACAACUCUAACUGCAGAUGGCAUGCCUGCCGCACAAUUUGAACACACAAUUCUCAUAACGAAAACUGGUGCUGAGAUUCUGACCAAAUAUGAAGAGUGAGGCGGCGUUAUGUGAAUUGUGCAUACCUGAGGCGGGAUUGAAAUACUUCGACACCGGAUACGCCGCAGCCCUUUUCCUCAGGAGUGAUUACAACACUGGGGACAAAUGAGGUAUACAUUCAUUCCCUGAUAUAAUGUAUACUUAUGUUACAUGUAAAAUUUCUAAUUUUAUGCAAUAGCUUGAUGCAAUAUUUGAUAUGAAUACAUCCGAGCUACAAAGCCUCUUUUUUUUU